GCUAAGGUGGGCAACAACAUCUCAUCAGUUCUCCUUCACUCCUAUUUUACAUACUCCUGAGCUGGUUACUUGCGAGUUACCUUCAAUCGUUAUUCUGUCUUCUCGUCACUAUCAUUUCUAGCUCUUCUAAGCUCACUACGCCGUCUAUUUUUUAUAUUUAUAUUGUACCAGUUGAGAGCCACUCAUACAAAAUGCAUUCGUUCAGACCUACCGUACUAUUCACAGCUCUUGUAGCCUCUUCUGGUCUUGUUAGGGCACAAUGCCCUGCAGUCUGGACUGACGUUGCUGCGGAACUGAAGACAACCUUCAUAGACAGCAGCGGCAACUGCAACGACGACGCUCGUGCGGCUAUCAGGCUUUCCUUCCAUGACUGCUUCCCCGGUGCCUGCGAUGGGUCUAUCAUCUUGGCGGACGAGUGCACUGACCGCGGCGAGAACGCUCAAAUGAUUGGUAUAUGUUCAACCUUGGGUACAAUGGCAACCAAUUUCACCGUCGGUACAGCUGAUUUGAUCCAAUUCGCUGCUGCGUUCGGGAUAGCCUCAUGCCCAGGCCUACCGGCAAUUGCCGUCAAGGUCGGUAGAACGGACUCGUCUACCGCAAACGCGGCGAACCAGAUCCCUACGCAAAAUGACAACGCCACCACCAUUGUCGCCGCCUUCGCGGCCAAGGGGUUCACGUCCACGGAGCUAGUCGCCCUUAUUGGAGCUCAUAGCGCUGCCAAGGACCUGAACGGAAACGCGCUCGACACGACCGUAGACGACCUCGACACAACCUUCUAUACAGAGACCGCCAAUGGCACCGCCCCCGCGAGCCUGAACAGCGACGUAUCUAUGAGUAGCUCGUCGGUAACGAGCGGGGACUGGACCACAUUCGGCUCCGAUGCUUCUGCCUGGGCCGACGCAUUUGUACCAGCGAUGGAAAAGCUGAGCCUUCUCGGCAACGACGCGUCUACCUUGACCGACUGCUCAAGCGUCAUCACAGCGGCCUUCGCAUAACUGCUAAUAUUUUUUGUUGAAUAAUU